UCCUUGUCCCCCACUGCUUUACCUUAAAUUUCAUCGGCGCCAACUUAAAGUACUCCUCCUCUCCUCCUUUACCUUAUUCAGACUGCACAAAAACAAAUAAAGGUAGCAGCAGAAGAUGGUGAUGAUGAUGAGGUUGUCAUGUCUUGGUUUUGGAAGUCAGGGUUUUGACUAAAUAAAGCCUCCUUAAACAUUACGAAACCCCCCAAACCCACUCUCACCCCACUUCCAUAUACCAUAUUCCAUAGACCAUAGACCAUAGACCAAAGAUCCACCUUCACCUUCCUUUCCAAUUCCAUUCUUUUGUUGUAAAUUAUAUUAUAUAUCCAUCUGUUUGCAGAGCCUGGGAGAUAUUGGUUUGUUUCAGUACUGCUACAACUAUAUAUAUAUAUAUAUAUAUAUAGCUGCGAUUGAUAGUUGACUGUUGCAGAAGACAAUGGUAGACAUGUGAUGAUCCCUGGUUUUGUGGAGCAAAUAUGACGGGUGGAACAAAUCCAAAAGUUCGACUAGUUAGAUGUCCUAAAUGUCGAUUGGUUCUUCAGGAAGUCCCAGAUUUUCCUGUAUAUAGAUGUGGAGGCUGUGAUGCUAUUCUUGUUGCGAAAACUCAAAAAUCCAUUGCCAAAAGCACCUCUGUCUUGCAAGCUGCUGAUAACUUAUCUAUUGAAGGGCACCACAACAAGGAUCGUGAUACAUCCAGAUCCAGUAAUAGUUAUAGUUACAGUGAUUGUGAAAAGCUUGAUGAAAAUGGAUCAAAUAAAGGACAGAAAAAUGGAAAAGGACAGCUCCAGUUGGAAAAUUUAGAAUAUUGGAAUGCUGAGCAGCAAGGAGUUUCCAGUGACACUUUUUUAAAAUCCACAGAGCUUCAUCAUGAGAGUGUAGCAGAGGCAAAUAACGAUACCUUGCCGUUAGCAGCCAAUGACAACCCACAAGCUACAAGAGAAAUCAAUUUAGCUGUUUCAGAUGAUCUCUUGGAGCAACCUCAGAAAACUGAACUCGUGUUUGACCGUUUAAGGUCUGUUGAUACUUUUGAGACUUUAGAUUUUGGUAGCCCCAGUUCUGGACUCAGUGGUCCUGAUGGUGGAAUGGAUGAUCAGAAAUUACAUUCUCUUAAAAAUAGUUACAAGGCUGCUAGCUAUCUUGUUCCUGAAGAAACACACCCAAGGGACAAGUUACCAGCCAGAGGUACGAUGGAUGGUAGUUCUGGAAUGCAAGAUCCUGCAAGAAAUCUGUCAUCAGAUUUGUCCAAGAAGAAGCAUUUUGCCACACAAAAAUACAUCAGGCGGCAUCGAGAUGAACCCCUAGAACCUGGAAACUGGCCAAGACUUGACAUAGAUGAGUGUCCACCUCACAUUUCUUUCUCUAGAAAGGCUUCCCUGCGCAGGUACGAGCAUGCUGGCCCUUCAGGUGAAUCGCAGGAUGAGUUCCCUUUUGAUUCAACCUUCUAUCCGCAUGAGAAGAUUGAGUGCACUGAGCAUGAAAACAUGAAACUGCUAAGAAUGUUGCAUGAACUGCAGGAUCAAAUCACCAAAACAUGCCAUCUCAAUGGAAGGUCUUCCACUGAUGCACCAUGGAGGCAAAACCCUUUUCCUACAUAUUGCUGUCAGGAGCCUCCUGAGGAUGAAAAUUUUUAUCCUAGAUAUCAUGGAAGACAUGGGCAGAAGAGCAGCUGGAGCCAGCAAGGUGGAUUCGCUUGUAUGCCUUUCUCAGGAGGUGGAAUUGACACAAGAUAUAGCAUUGACAACUCCUGUUUAUACUGCCAUCCUCAAGACUGGAAGCUUAGUUCAGAACAGUUGCAUCCACCCAUCUUUCGACAUGACCGAGAACUCUGUAGAGCUCACCUUGGUCAUAGUUGUUGCAAUUCCUCUAGCUCUUGUUCCUCUACUCCACUAGGAUAUUUAGAGUCUGAUUUUUCUAAUUGGAACCAUGUAAUUAAAUCUGAUGAUCAGAGGUACAAAGAUCAUGAGUUGAAACGGUAUUUGAAGGAGAAACAUCAUUCAGUCAGGCGACAUCUCCGGCCCACCGCAGGAGGAGCACCUUUUGUAACCUGUUAUUUUUGCUUCACAACAUUGCGGUUACCGGCAGACUUUUUACUUUUCAAAAGGAAGUUGCAUCAGCUAAGAUGUGGUGCUUGUUCAAAGGUACUUAAGUUUUCUUUUGUAAAAGGAAUCCAUAUAGUGCCAUAUGAACUUGUUGCUGCAGCACCUCCACCAUGUGAAGUCAGUGACCGCAGUGAGGCAAUUAAUGCAGCGGUUUCGACAUUAGCAUCUUGUAGCCAUGGUGUUCUGCAAGCAGAUCCUAUGUCUAACUCUGAUGAUUGUAGUCACACUUUCAGUAAAAGCUGCUUCACUGAUGGAGAUCCUGUUUCUCCUGGCAAUACUGACACCAAAACUAUGUUUUCUAGUUCUUACGAACAUAUGGAACAGAGGAAGGACUUUGUUUUGAAGCAGUCUCAAAACAAACAUAAAACUUCAACAGAAACUUUUGAUUCAGCUGAACCUUCUUCAACUAUGUCCAGGUCAGAGGAAGUGUCCCUUGAAGAGUUGCCACCAACUGGGGGUAUAUCGCUUCAUCACCUCAUGGGAUAUUCUUCACCAAACCAACUGAUAUAUGGAUUGGUAUCAUCCAUAUCUGGCACAAGCUCAGUCCAUUCCGGUGAAACAUCAGACUAAAUAUCUUAGACUGUAAAGUUUGUUUCUCAAGGUAAUAAUUUUGCAUCUGAUUAAAGCAACAUUUUUCCUGGCAAGUUGCUGCAACAGUAGCACGAGAGGCUCAGUGACCUAUUUCAUGAUAAUAACUUCAGGGUAUGAGAGCCAUCAUGUCGGGAUGAAAAGGAAGAAUCAUCAAUACUGAGAUUCCAGAGGGGAAUAUUUUCUUGGCAUUGUUAUCUAUAUAGCUGCAUAGGAAGAAACAGAAAAGCAUUUAUCCCAUCCUCUAUUAAGUAUUAUUAUAGAACAGAGGAGUAAUUCUCAGGUUUUGUAUUAUGAGUUCAUGAAAGUUAAUAGAGGAGACAUUGACUUGAUUUGUUUGGUCAAAUUAA